AUGUUACCGGAUUUUCAUCACCCCUCACAAGUUCGCCCGUCACCUCCUCCACGCCUUCGUGUGCCCUCCCCGUCGCCCUCUCUUCCCCUCCCCGUCGCCCUCUCUUCCCCUCCCCGUCGCCCUCUCUUCCCCUCCCCGUCGCCCUCUCUUCCCCUCCCCGUCGCCCACGCUCCCCCUCCCCGUCGCCCACGCUUCCCUCCCCGUCGCCCACGCUUCCCUCCCCGUCGCCCACGCUUCCCUCCCCGUCGCCCACGCUUCCCUCCCCGUCGCCCUCGCUUCCCUCCCCGUCGCCCUCGCUUCCCCCUCCCCAUCGCCGUCGCUCCCCCUCCCCGUCGCCCUCCCUUCCCCUGUCAUCGCCCUAUCCCCCGCCGUCCCUCCCCCUGCUCGUAA